AUGGGACACAAGAACGCAUUAAACUCGAUUUUCGACAAAACGAAAGAUGUGCUUUCCACGGCGGCAGAAACAACGAAAGGAUACGCAUCUCAAGCGCAGCAGGCAAUAGGAAAAAUCAUCCCAGGAGCUAGUCACGACCACGAUCCGGCAGCGGCUGCUCCAACACAACCUGCAACUGAUCCCACAGUUCCACCUGCACAGUGA